CUUGUAUACACUCUAAUUUCCCUUGGUUUUUAAUCAACUUAGAAGAGGACAGAAAUAUUCUCUCAUCAUCCAUAUCACUAAAGAAACACGGCUGUACAUUAAAAACAAUCCAUUUUGACACAUUGUAAAGUUUAUCAAUUCAAAAGGAUCAACAGAGAUUAUGGCUUUUUGAAAAGAGAUGGCAGUGGAAAAGAGAAUUCUAGAAUCGAAUUAGAUCGAUAGAGCAGACGGGAAAAGUAAAAUGGCGGAAUGUGUUGUGCACCGUUCGUCUCGUCGUUAGAAACCGAGACGGUCGACGCGUCGUGAAUCCGACGAAAAUGUGAAAAAAGGGUCCGAAAAUCAUCACCGACCGACCAGUCAUCAGUGGUUCAACGCACAACCGACACAGACGCGUUUUUUUAUUAUGGCGAGUGAUAAAAUCAAAGUGGCAGUUCGUGUCCGGCCUUUCAACAGACGAGAGCUAGAGUUGGGGACACAAUGCGUGGUCGAGAUGGAUGGUGGGCAAACCAUCCUCCACCAACCGACAACAAUAGAAAAACUCGAAAGGAAACCCCCCAAGACAUUUGCAUUUGACCACUGCUUUAAUUCUGCUGACCCUCUCGGAACGGACUAUGCCGCACAGGAGACUGUUUUUGACUGUCUUGGAACAGACAUCCUCGAUAACGCAUUCCAAGGCUACAAUGCUUGUAUAUUUGCUUAUGGACAAACAGGGUCAGGGAAGUCAUACACGAUGAUGGGCAAUCACGAGAGCAAAGGAAUUAUUCCUAGGCUCUGUGAUUCCCUAUUCGAUCGGAUAGCAAAGUGCCAAAGUUCAGAACAAUCGUAUAAAGUGGAAGUCAGCUAUAUGGAAAUCUAUAACGAAAAGGUUCAUGAUUUGCUUGACCCUAAACCAAAUAAGCAGUCGUUAAAAGUGAGAGAGCAUGGAGUUCUCGGCCCUUACGUCGACGGCCUUUCACAAUUAGCAGUUACUUCAUUUAAGGACAUUGACAAUUUAAUGGCCGAGGGCAACAAAUCGCGGACUGUAGCUGCAACUAACAUGAAUUCGGAAUCCUCUAGAUCUCAUGCUGUAUUUUCCGUGGUGCUAACGCAAACUUUAGUCGAUACUGGUUCAGGUGUGAGUGGUGAGCGAGUGAGCAGGAUGUCGUUGGUAGAUCUUGCUGGGAGUGAAAGAGCAGCAAAGACUGGAGCAGUAGGGGACAGGCUCAAAGAAGGAUCAAAUAUUAACAAGUCCCUGACAACUUUAGGUCUCGUGAUAUCGAAAUUAGCCGACCAGUCGUCGAACACCAAGAAUAAGGACAAAUUUGUACCUUAUAGAGAUUCAGUUCUAACUUGGUUACUUAAGGAUAACCUAGGCGGGAACAGUAAAACUGUAAUGGUAGCGACCGUCUCGCCCGCUGCGGACAACUACGAAGAAACGCUGAGCACGCUGAGAUACGCUGACAGAGCCAAGAGGAUUGUGAAUCAUGCUGUUGUCAAUGAAGACCCGAAUGCGAGAAUUAUAAGGGAAUUACGCCAGGAAGUUGAAGCCCUCAAAGAAAUGUUGAAACAUGCAACUGCCUCUAAUGCACCUGGAUCCCCUAUAAUACCUCUGGAUAUCCAUGAAAAAUUAACCGAGAGUGAAAAGUUAAUGAAAGAAAUGUCAACAACGUGGGAGGAAAAGCUAAUUAAAACCGAGCAAGUACAGCAAGAGAGGCAAGAAGCAUUAGAAAAUAUGGGAAUAAGCGUACAAGCUUCAGGCAUCAAAGUGGAAAAGAAUAAAUUUUAUUUAGUCAACCUGAACGCGGAUCCGUCUUUGAACGAGCUUCUUGUGUAUUAUUUAAAAGAGAAGACGUUGGUCGGUGCCCGAGGGGCGUCCAUAAACCAAGACAUCCAGCUUUCUGGAUUGGGUAUACAAGCCGAGCAUUGUAUUAUAACGAUCGAAGAUGACCAGAAGCUUUAUAUGAUGCCACUCGCCAAUGCCAGGAGUUUCGUAAACGGAGCGCCGAUCGUCGAAAAGACACAACUGCACAACGGCGACAGAAUUCUAUGGGGAAAUCAUCAUUUUUUCAGGGUCAAUUGUCCAAAAUCUUCAGUCUCGACUUGUUCCGAGCCUCAGACACCUGCACAAACGAUUGAUUACAAUUUUGCCCGAGAGGAACUUAUGUUAAAUGAACUUAGCAAUGAUCCACUUCAAGCUGCCAUAGCUAAAAUUGAAAGACAACAUGAAGAAGACAAACAAGUUGCUUUGGAAAAACAGAGGAAAGAAUAUGAAAGGCAGUUCCAACAACUGAGAACCAUUCUUUCACCGUCUACUCCGUUUUCACCUUAUGUGACUUUUGACGCGUUUCGCACGGGAAAAAUCACUCCUUGCACUCCGACGACACAAAUGAGGGUUGAAAAAUGGGCAAAAGAAAGAGAUGAUUUGUUCCGGAGAAGCCUUGUCAAGUUGAAAGCUGAUAUCGUAAGGGCAAAUGUGUUAGUACAAGAAGCCAAUUUUCUUGCCGAAGAAAUGAAUAAACAGACAAAAUUUAGUGUGACGCUGCAAAUCCCCCCAGCUAAUCUCAGUCCAAACAGAAAGAAAGGAAAAUUUGUCAGUGAACCAGCAAUAUUAGUCAAGCGCCAGGGUGUCGGGAGUCAAGUAUGGUCAUUGGAAAAAUUAGAAAAUAAGCUUGUCGAUAUGAGGGAAAUGUAUGACGAACGGAAGGAAGGGCCUACCCCGUUAACUCCCGAUGAAAACCCUGCUAAAGUUUUCGAUCCGUUUUACGAGACACAGGAAAAUCACAAUUUGAUCGGCGUUGCGAAUGUGUUUCUUGAAGUGCUUUGUCACGAUGUUACCUUGGACUAUCACACUCCAAUAAUUAGCCAACAAGGUGAAGUAGCCGGAAGGCUUCAGGUUGAAAUUUCAAGAAUUAGCGGUUUCUUACCGCAAGACCGAAUGUGUGAGACAGCAUCUGAAAGUUCGAGUGAUAGUAGAGAAGAAAAUGACAUCAAUUCUGGACAGACUGUUACGAUAAAAGUGACGAUAAAACAAGCAUCAGGUUUGCCUCCAUCAUUGUCAAAUUUUGUAUUUUGUCAAUAUUCUUUCUGGACGCACAACGAGAGUAUAGCCGUACCUCCUAAGAUGAACCCAGAGCACAACAUACUCAACAAAUCCUCUGGCGGAAGCGAUUCAAUGACGUUUAUUUUUGAUCACACAAAAGAAUUUACGUUUGCUGUGACAGAAGAAUUUAUUGAACACUGUGCAGAGGGAGCUCUCAGUAUAGAAGUCUGGGGUCAUAGAAGUGCAGGGUUUACUAAAACGAAACCCGGUUGGGAAGUGGAACAACACCAGCUUGCCAAAGCUCGUUCUCUUGCAGACAGAUGGAGUGAAUUGACGAGAAAAAUUGAACUCUGGGUGGAAAUUCAAGAGUUAAACGAAGCGGGUGAAUACUCCGGUGUUGAAGUAUCUUUAAGACCGGAUAUUGUGACCGGUGGCGUUUACCAAUUGAGACAAGGUCAGCAGAGGAGGGUUAAAGUUAAAGUCCGCCCCGUCCACCAGUCAGGAACACUCCCGAUAAUAUGCGAAGAGAUCACAAACAUAGCUGUUGGAAGCGUUUGCGCAAGGUCGAGACUACAAAAGCCCCUUGACUCGUACCAAGAAGAAGAUUUGUCCUUACUCCGGGAAAAAUGGGGUGAAGCCUUGAUGAGGCGGAGAAAUUACUUAGAUCAACAAAUCAAGAGGAUUAUAAACAAACAAGGCAAAAGUGAAACUGACUUUGAAAGAGAGCAAAGUUUAGUGGAGCAAUGGGUUAGCCUGACUGAAGAAAGAAACGCCGUUAUGGUACCAGCUGCCGGUUCAGGUAUUCCAGGCGCACCUGCAGACUGGAAUCCACCAAUCGGAAUGGAACCCCACAUCCCAGUUUUGUUCCUCGACCUCAACGCCGAUGACCUGUCUGUAAAUAAAUGGGGAGGGGACGGAGUCGAAAGUAUACCUGCUGCUGGAAUAAACUCAAUUUUACCGAAAGAACUCGGUAACAUGUUUUACAAUCUGCCGAUUAUAAAACAUUGCGACAAGGACGUAUGCGCCGUCGGUGCGUGGGACAGUUCCGUGCACGAUUCCCGUAAUCUCAACAGAGUUACAGAAAGUAAUGAAAGGGUUUAUCUCAUAUUAAAGACAACAGUUAGAUUAUCUCAUCCAGCUCCAAUGGAUUUAGUCUUGAGGAAAAGAUUAUGUAUAAAUAUUUACAAACGCCAAAGUAUAACCGACAGAAUAAGGCGACGUAUAGUUCGCACAGAUUGGCUUUCAAAAACUGGAGUGACUUACGAAGUAGUUUCAAACAUUCCUAAGGCUAGUGAAGAAUUAGAAGAAAGGGAAUCACUUGCACAAAUUGCUGCAUCUGGUGAAGACUCUACAUUAAGUGACGGUGAAUCGUACAUAGAAACAUACACAAGAGGUGUGAGCGCUGUUGAAGGUAUUCUUACUUUAGAGAGACUAAGGCAAAAAGUAGCUGUUAAAGAAAUACUCCAGCACAAGGGACACACCGUCGCGAUGCGUAAAACCGCGAGCGUUCCUAACAUUUCUCAAAUCUUGUCGUUCGAUUCAAGCUACGAGAUUAGCAGCCUGGCUGGUGUGAGUAGGUCAGAAAGCGUGUCGGAUUUGAACAAAGAGGUUCGAGACCAAUCCAGGCCUAGGAAAUCACUUCCUGAUCCCGAAUCGCUGCAAACGCCGACUAAACAAUUUGGGAUCGGCUCCAUUCUGUCAGCCAGACCAACAUUCCUCAAUCUCAAUAUCAACCUCAACACUCUGCGACUUCAACCUGGGUCUAAACCCUCGCCGAACACGAAGAUUGGGUUGAGAAUGACAACAUUGCACGAAGAGCAGACUAACGCUUUCCCACAAAAUGAAGAAGAAAACUUGAUAGAAGAGGAAGAGGAACCCGAAGAGGAAGAAGUGUCCACCAACAAAGAGAACAUACCUUCUGUCAGUAAUACAAAUAGGAAUAUGCAAUUCUCUGAGCUUGAGACCUACCAGGUUGAAACGGAUAGAAUAAAAAAUCAGACUAAAACCAUGCCAAAUUCAAGAACUUUAGAUUCUUUGGCCGAAUUGCAGUCGCAGAAAGGAGGAACACCGAGCACAAGUUCUAGUGGCUAUGGUUCUCAAGCAGUUUCAUCGAGCAAUUUGACAAACGACGAUUGCCUAUCUCUCAAGAGUAUUAGCGUGGAUGAAACGCCCGAUUUGGAAGUGCGUGGUUCGAUCAGCGAUAUGAAUAAAUGUCUUGAAAUCGUUCACAACAACAAUCUCGAACAGUUGAACAAAAUGAAAGAAACUCAUAAAAUAGAAGCUGUUGAUAAAGACGCAUCGAGAAGUUUACCAGACUGCGCACAUGCACCGCAGCAAAAAGAAGGCGCCAAGGAAAAUAAGAACCUAUGCACCAAAGUAGAAAACGAAGUUUUAAAAUCUAUCUCACAGUCAAGCAGCAGCAAAUCAAGUUCAGAUGAUGUUUCAAACAAUUCUGGCGAAAAUGAAAUGACGCUAUCUACAGGACUUCCACCUGGAAAAAUUGUUAGGCGGAAAAAAUCAGCAUCUAGAAGUAGCCAGAAUAGGGCUUCUUUUCCACAAACUAGAUCUUAUAUUGCUGAAAGCAAAGCAGCUUUACGUCUUGAACAAAAACUUUCUGAGCUUGCAAUAAAUAACGGUGAUUCCCAAUCAUCUGAUAAUCAUACAGAAGAUGAGACUGAUCAUGUUGUAAAAGAAACGCCUGUGCCAGAAUGGGUCUGUCUCGGUGAAAGUGUACAAAUACGACCUUACAAUUCGACCGGGGUGAUUGCUUACAUCGGCCCGACUGAGUUUGCCUCUGGUACAUGGGUCGGCGUAGAUUUAGACGCUCCCACUGGCAAAAACGAUGGAACGGUUCAGGGAGUUAAGUAUUUCGAAGCUCGGCAUAAACAUGGUAUUUUUGUACGAGCGGAUAAAUUGAUCCAAGAUAGGAGAGGUCGGGCCAUGAGGGGACAUGAGCCUAGUAUGCGACGGAGUUCUAGCAGAGGUGAAGGCCUCUCAAGUCUUCACAGGUCGAGGAGUCGUGGUGAAGGCAUCAGUUUAAUGGGGAAGAGCUUUGGUCGUCUGACCAAGUAAAUCGGAUGUCAUCACUUAUAUUAAAAAAAAAAAAAUGUGUUUGCUUAUCCAGCUUACCCUUCCAAGGCUGUGCUCUACCCACUCAUCACCAAUCAUAGUAUUUUCUAUUUCGACUCUCGACCAUUCUGAUCCUUCAGAUUUUAAAUUAUACAAGACCCCCGACCCUUUUAAAAAAAGAAACAGUCCCUAGGAACAUGAUUUUGUUAUAAAAUAUUUUCAAAUCCUUACUUGAAUAUUUAAGUAGAGGAGUUUGUUUUUAAAUCGCUGCUUCUGUCAAUUUAUUUCGGUUGUCAGGUGACGGUGAAAAUUAUAAUUCCUGAUAAAUGUAUUUUUGCACAAUCUUUUUCCAACAUAGAAACAUAUUUUGUCCUUUGGCAAUUGUUAGUCGAGAAAGAAAUUUUAAAAAAUAUUCAAAAGAACUAUAUGUCAAAACUUUUCAGAAAUCAACUCUAGUUAAUUGUAGGAGAAACUUUUUAUUAUCUAGUAAAUAGGUGGCAAUAGAUAUAAAGGACUAUUAAUAAACUGCAUACUUUUUUCUAACUAUUCUAAACAUUUAAACCGACAAAAGUGCUUAUUUCUACAAGUUUUGUUACCAGUAAAUUUACUAUAAUAAAAUACAUCAGGGAAAUAAUUAAGAUAAUUUUUUUAAAUGUUUAGAAUAGUAAAAUUUAUAAUAUAAACC